UGAAUAAAACAUUUACAAGUUUUCUAACAAUUCAAACAUAUUUGCAUCACACCAUGUUCUUUAUCGCUGCUUUCGUCUUUAUCAGCAACCAUUCGCAAUUAUUUUUUUACAUAUAUUCAUCCCACCUUGCCUUACUGUUGAUUAUUCGCACCUGCAACAGGUAAAUUUAAGAAUGCUAUCAAGUUCCAACUUCAUAGCAGUUAUAAUGGCCAGUCAUAAUGGGGUCAUAGAAAGCAUCUCUAAGUUUCUAACCCUGGCAGGUUUCAAGGAUGGACCUAAAAGUGAUUUCCAUUUGAUCACUUGCAAGGGGUUGUGCAAAACUAGUUCGAUUUGCAAGAUUUCCAUAAAGACGUUGUACCGCAAGUCUUCCAAUGUGCUUGAUUCAUUUUUUUUGUAAUUGAAAUAUACAAGCGAAAAAUAUAGAGAAAACUUUUGACAUAUUUCAGUUUUUUGCAUUUAAACAGGUAAUAUGCAGAAAGCUACACGCAUAUUUGAGUGAUAUACACCUGAUGGUGCGUCUAAUGUAAAGCUAUAUUUGGGUUAAGGUUGAAAAAUUGCAACUUCGACUACAGGAUGAGACAUGGUUUUACAGGAAAUGAACAAAAGUUACGUACGUAUGGCUAGGUAUAAUAAUUAAGUUUUAAACAAAAGAAAUUAAUUCCUAAACGCUUUGAUUGGCAUAGAAUUGAUCACAAGAUAAAGCAAACCAAGAUGAUCUUUUGGGUGAUAUUUUUGAAUGAUGAAGUUGUAAACAUUAAAUGUUACAUUUGUGCCAGCGUUUAUUGCACAGAACUUGCUGUCAGAUGCAACUAUGAGAUGUCAUUUUAAAAAUCCUUUUAAGAGAAGUGUUUUUAUAACAAUAUAACUAUUUAAAGUGAUUCUAUGAAAUGAUUAUGACGAUGUAAUGUAAUUUAAUAUUAAGUUUGUUUGUUGAAAGCGUGGGAUAAAAUAAUAAAGUUGUAAAAUGUAUAAGCUUGUUGAACAACGCAUUCAAAGAAAACAUCAGGCGUAGAGAACAGCACGAGCUUAAAACGUGUUUUCAUAUCACUUCGUUGUAUUAACAUAUUUCAGUGGAUGCUAACGAUUUUACACACAUCACGUUGUACUUUUCUGUAGUGUAAACAAAUAUGGCGGCAGGAGAUUUCCGUCGUUCAAUUAACGGUGUAUAUCCUGGAUUUACCCACGAAAAAGAAGGAGAGUGGAAAGGAAAUUUUACCUUUAUACAAGGUGCUGACACUCAAUUCGGUUUGAUUGACCGCUGGUUUCUUAAAAAUCCUAUUGAAAAUAACGUGUGGGACCAAGAGAUGGAACUGACUAAGCAAGCCAUAAAACAUGCCAAUGAAAUGAUUCCUAAACCGAAAUUUUUCAUCCUGUGUGGAGAUUUGAUCGAUGCUAUGCCUCAUACGAAACACCGUGGUGUACAAGAAGAAGAUUUCAAGAAGUUAUACAGUGAACUUGAUUCUGAAAUACCUUUAGUGUGUGUUUGUGGUAACCACGAUGUUGGCGAUAUACCCACGAAGGAGAGCUUAGAAAGUUAUCGGGCGGAGUUUGGAGAUGACUAUUUUACGUUCUGUGUGGGAGGUGUUUUCUUCAUUAUUGUCAAUUCACAGCUAUUCAAAAAUCAUGUCAACGUGCCGGAGGAGUAUGAAGCUCACUUAAAGUGGAUAGACAGACAAUUAGAAGUUUUCAAAUCUUCCAAAUGUAAGCACUGCGUUGUUUUUCAGCACAUACCGUGGUUUCGUGAGAAAGCAGAUGAGGUGGAGAGCUAUUUUAAUAUAAAUCCCGAACUUCGCUUUAAAAUGAUGGAUAAAUUUUUGGCGGCCGGUGUGAGGCAUAUUUUCUGUGGUCACAUUCACCAGAACGCGGGUGGAUGGUAUAAAGAUUUAGAAAUUGUGGUCACAUCAGCAAUUGGGUGUCAAACUGGCGAGGACAAAUCAGGAUUUAGAUUAGUUCGAGUUGCAGAACACAAUAUUGACCAUAAAUAUUAUAAUUUAGGAGAAUGCCCAAAACAUUUUGAUUUAGAUGAAAAGAAUGACUUGCCCUAAUGAAUUUAACAAUUGUGUUUAUUUACAGUGGUUACGAAGACUGAUACAGUGCGACCAUUUCACCUGGAAAGUCUUUGAAACUACUGGAAAGUUGUAAAUAUGAAAAAAAUCCUGGAAAAGUCUCAGAAAAUAUUUUUUUUCAGUCAACAGCUUAUGAAAGCUGAUUAUAGAUUUUUGUUAGAAUCUCUGUACUUUGUUGAACUAACUUCUCCUGCAAAAUGUUAAAAUUUCUCUUUAAAACUGACUCCAGCUA